AUGGGUUUUAUGGAACAUUUAAACAAAAUUAAGAGAUGGAUUAGCGGUGAUCCCUUAGAAGGUGAAACUUAUGAUGAAGUACACGUUAAAGACUUACCACAUAUUGAAGAUAACGACGGUGCUUUAAUUGCUGUUUCUUCUGGUAAACACGAGUUAUCUCCAGUUGUUAGCGCAAAGUAUCAUAUCCAACCAGGCGAGGGAAAACCGGACAACAUUGAUGAUAAAAUUUAA